AUGAAUUAUAGCCACUUUGACUUAUCUGAAAAAGGAAUUAUUAGAAGGGUAGGUAUAAUUGCAUUUGCUUCAGCUGUAGGAGAAGCUUUAGCCUAUCCUUUCGAUAGAUUGAAGGUUAGAGAAAUAGCUCGCUAAACAUUUACAACUAAAUCUAUUUUCAAAGAAACUAAAGUUAUUUAUGAAGAUAUCUUGAAAGCAGAAAAAUCAUUUGGUGUAUUUUACGGAUUAAGAGCUGGUAUUGAUAGGAUUCUUUCUUAAAAUUUAGUUAGAUUUUUUGUGUUUGAUUUUUUAGUCGGUCGUCCUCUUUAACCUUACUCGCAAAUAAGUGAUUUCUAGCUCUACGUGUCUGCUAUAGCAGCUUAAUCUAUGAGUUUUUUAAUAUAGCAACCUUCUAAUAUUCUAAAAAUUAAAAUUUAAUGUGAACCUUUAGGUGUAGAUUAUACUAAAUAUGAAAGUUAUUAAGAAAAAUAUCGCAAAAUAAGUUAGUAUCACAAGGGAAAAUCUACCAUUUUUAUGGGAACUGGAAUCAGAAGUGGAUUGAUUCUCUAAAAUAGCAUAGCAGUAUCAGAAAUAUUUAUAUUUUUUAAAUUUUUAAGAUACUUCUACGAAGAAACUGAAAUUAAAAGCGAUGGGUUUAAGGUAUGCACAAGUGCAUUAUUAACAAGUUUAAUUACAACUUCUGUCACUCAUCCUCUUGAUUUUAUUUAUCACAGAUACUGUAUAAGAGCUCUAUAAGCUUCAGAAAUACCUUCUAUAAAUAAAUACAUACAAUAACUUAUAAAAGAAGAUAUGGGUAUAUUUACUCUCUACAAAGGUAUUGUACCUUCUCUAAUAAGAAACUCUAUUUUUACUCUAACUACCUUUUCUCUUUGGAAUUACUUCACAACUGUAAGAAGACAUGAAGCUUUAUAUAAUUAUUAUAGUCGUAAAUAUGAAGAAAAGUUAAUGAAAUCUGAUUCUCAUCAUAAUUAUGAAAUGACAGGUGGAAGAAAAAAUGUUAGGGAUUGA